GAUUAGCAGCUUGCAUCUUGACGCAGAUGAAGAGCCGAAGCGUCUCGGAGCGGCUUCUCGCGCGAACAGCGUCCGCUUUGACGAGACGGCCAACCAAGGUCAUUGGGCACACGCCUCCAGGCCUUCCAUGGAUUUACUUCCGCGCUCAGGCAGCAGCCUCGGCGGUCAUCCAAUGACGGAGAGAAGCUACUCGCACAAGUCCGACGGACGGCAAAGCUCGGCAGCUGCAUCAGUCCAUUCGGCUACCUCAGGCCGCGCCAACAGCAUGGGAGCCGAUAGCAUCUUUGCCGUUGGCACUCCGGCAUCAGAGGUUCCUCGGCUUGCACCGGGUCUGUUCAUACUGGGUUCUGUGCCUGCCAUCAUCCGAUGCUGGCUCAACACAAACUUUAAGCACGAUUCUCUGCUCUAUGCCGCAGUAUGCACCGGGUCGUACACAUCCUGCCUGGAUAUCGCUUUGAUCAACAGACUCGGAUUCGCGCCGCACAUUACCAGAGAUGAAGAUGGCACGCGCAAGAUCAAACUCGAACUUUAUCUACCGGAAGCCGUUCCUUACCCGGCGUCCUCUCGUUCCAGCAGUCCUGCUCCGCAGCUGCCUUCGCUGACAGUCGACUUUACCGUAGUCGAGACCGUCGCUGAUACUUCUGGCUCUAAGCCUAUCCAAGUCUUCCUCGGCAGCGACAUGCUGCGCGCCCACAAUGCCGACGUGCUGUUCUCGUCCAACACGUUGACCCUGUUCGAUGACGAGAGAAGCAAACUUUCCAUUCCACUCGUUCGACCUGAAGAAGAACGCACAUUCAAAUCUCUCCAGGUCACCAGUGCGCCCUUGGCAAGUAUGGCCAAACCGCAGUCUCGCGACCCCAGCACCAACUCGUUCGAUCGCUCGGAGCAUGCAGAUAAAUCCGCAUCCCAGUCCACUGAAGCCAUUCCAGGGCUGAAAGCAGCGUCACCCACGCGCACCGCCUCCGACAGUGACCGAAAUGUCACUGUACCUUCUUCCGACGACGGCACCGUGUCGACCAACGACCGCACACGCCCCUCCCUGAGCUACAUUGGCCGCUCCAACACCGACCAGCGCGACGCUGGCGCCGCCUCCACGGACACCGAGCCCAACUCCGCACGCCCCGGUGCCAUCUGGAGCAACUGGCGACGUAACGGCACCGAUGCCGACAAGCCCGACGCGGCCGCAGUGGCGGGCACGAGACCAGACGCGCCGCCCCCGACCGACUGGGCCAGCCUCGGCCGCGCCGGCAACGCAGCGAACAGCACCGGUAGCGGCGGCGGCGCACCCCGCCGCGAGGGAAUCAAGGUCCUCCGGCCCAUCCGCACGGCCUCGCGCGUCGCCUCAGGCACGGGCACGGGACAUCAACAGCAGCAGCCGCAGCCGCCGGCAUCCGCAGGGCUGCAGGGACAGGGGCAGUGGCCGGGGCAGGGCCAGGGCCAGAGCCGCUUCUUCGACGAGGGGCGCAGGCGCGUUACCAGUGUCAGCGGGGCGAGUUUCUUCAACAGAGAAGUCACGGAUCCGUUGCUCAAGCGGAGUGGGUCGGGCGAGGGCGCUGGAGGGAAGAGUGGCGCUGCUGGUGGUGGUGGGAAGGAGGUGAGUGGGAAGGAUGCGGCGGGAGGUAAGCCGCGCGCGUCGAACCCGGUUGGAGGCGCGAGCGCGUUUGCGUGGUUGAACAAUGCGGGGGGCGCGAGGUAGGGAAGUAGGGUGGGGUGGGGUUGGGUAGGGCUUGCGCGUGUUUGUGGAUGAUGGAUGAUGGAGGGGAGUGGAUUGGUGGAUACUAGGUGGGUAGAAGUAAGUAGUAGGUAGGUGGACUGCAUAGGAAGAGCAAGCAAGCAAGCAAGCAAUCGUGCACACAUCCAUACAUGUAAGCGUGUGUGCGAGUGCGAGCGUGAUGGGUUGCGGCAAGGUGGGUAGCUAGGUAGACGAUAUCCACAGACAGACAGAGCAAGAACAGCAUAAGAAGAAUACGAAGCCCACCGAAAAUGAAACCAC